CAAACAUUCACUGUGAGGACGUGUUUGGCAUUGUGGGAGAAAAUUUUACUUUUCCAGUAAAAAUAGACCAAAAAAUAAUGGAAAUUAUUUGUACGAAAAACAAGAAUAAAGUGGCUGUAUGGGAAGGACAAAACGAAACAACAUAUUAUCCCUCUCUCCGUAACAGAGGCUUGCUUAACAAAGAGAAUGGACGCUUGACUAUAUUUAAAUUAGAGGACAAUGAUGCUGGCACAUAUGUAUUAGAAUACAUUGAUUCUAUGAAAAAAAGUCGUCUCUUAACCUUCAUACUUGCUGUGUUAGCUCCCCCUUCAGAACCUGAAAUAAGUUGCAACAUCAGUGGUGAUCACCUUGUGUUAAAAUGUACAGCAGAUUUCCAGAAGCCUCUGAAUUACUCUUGGAAGUUCAGUAGCCUAACAACCACUUCUCAGAACCAGGAAAUUUUCAUCGCUAAGAAGAAUGUUGAUGCUUUUGAGAAAGCUGCGUGUUUCAUUAAAUUCUCUCAAACGGAAAAGAGCUCUGAAAUCUCUUUGACUCAAUGCUUUCCAGAUAAAAAAGGAGACAUCUAUCACAAAAGAAGCAGAGCCGGUCUGAUUGUGUCUUUUGUUCUCUUAAUUCCAGUUGUAGGAUUCCUAGUAUUUGUAUACAGAAGAG